AUGGGGCAAACAACUUCACGAAUUCCAGAACACGAGUUGGAGCAAUUGAGCAUUGAAUCCGGAUGUGAGUUUAUUUGAUUAUUUUUCUAGAAAAAUAUAUAAUAUUUCUGUUUACAAUUAAAUAUCUAACUGAAUAAGAUGUGACGUGGCAAAAUUUUAGAAGAUUUUUAAAAGAUUGUUUGAAUUCAUAACAAAAAAAGUGAAUUAUAGGGUGUAAUUAAUUGGUUUCUAAACUUUUAACAUGAAUUAUGACGUGGCAUUUUUAGAGUUCUCACAUCUUGGCCGCGUUUACCUUUUUAAUCAACACAGAAAUUUUAAUCCGAAAUAAACUUCAAGUAAAUACAAACAUCUUUCUUUUAGUCACAUGUACACAUUCCAAAAAAUUUACGAAUUCAGCGAAAAAAAGCAAGAAGGUAAGUGAGAAAAAUCGGUUGAUGAAUGAUUAUAUAUUAUAUAUUCAUGAGAAUUUUUCCUCAGCCCACAUGCAAAAAUUUCAAAGAUUGGUUUUUUGGGGCAGAAAGUAAUAAUCUGGAAACCAUUUUCAGAAUUACUGUAGGUAGAGAAUUGAAAACUACAAAAACAUAAAUUAUUGUAGAUAAUAAUUUGGGACUUUUUGCAGUAUCUCGAAGCGGAAUUUUAACUCUCUACAAUCGUUUCAUGUCUUUGGCUACUCAUCGCGACAAAACCACCAACGAAUAUUUUUUGGUCAAAGCUGAUUUUGAGGUUUGUUAGAAACUUUGAAAGAGGAAUAUCAGAUAAUUUGAGAAAAUAUUGAAAAAUAAUAUUGCUCGUUGGAGCUUAUUUUCGAAAAACAUUUAGAAAUUCGUUGAAAACUCUACGAAAAUUAAAGUUCAGAUUCUUGGGGCUCAACAACAAUAAGGCGCUUAGGAACUACAGUAACUCCGGCUUUUUGAGAUACUGUACUGAACUAUAAGCUAGUGUAGACUACAGUAACCCAGGGAUCGGAGAUUACAACAGUUAUUUCUCAAGCGGAUUUAUUGAGCUACAGUAACCGAGGGCUACGGUAUUUCAGAAGACCUGAGGGUCGAAAAAUGGAGCGCCUUUGCUCUUUCCAGACUCCAAAUUCCACGUCAUGUUUUCCUAUUCUAAAUAAUAAAAAUUCAAAAAAUUUAUUUGCCGUGAAACGUCGUGAGACUUUCAAAAAUAGCAAAAUACUUUUUUUUUUCUUCAAUCCUCCUAUUUUUCCUAAUCUGUUUCCCAUUCCACACUAAACCUGUUAAUAAUUCAAAGAUUUUGUGCCGAAAAUAUCUAAUCUGUGUAUUCUUUUUCAGUCGAUUCAAGAACUCAAGCAAAAUCCGCUCGGAGAUCGAAUCAUUGACGCAUUUUUCGCGGACGCCGAGUAAGUUUUUCACUUGGUUUUGAGAAAAAAAUAUAUGGAUCUAUAGCCAUAUAAAUUGCGAGAAAGAAAAAAAAAACAAAAUAAAAGGAGAGGAAAUUGGAUAACUUAUGAAUAUCCCAAACAAAAAAAAUAACAAAAGAACGACGACGGAAAAUACGAAGAUUGAGAAAAAUAAAAAAAUAUAUUAUAUGUGGGAGAAAGACAUCUUUUAAUUAUAGAGGGAACUUUAGAGGGGGUUUGUGUUUCUUCAGGGGGAAAUGUGCUUAAUCGAGUUUCCUACAAGAUUCCACCUUUAAAAAGUUUUAAAUCAAGAUAACACAGCGUUUUCCUCAAAAACAAACAGCAAAGUCAAGUUUACUCUAUCGCACAUAUAAUUAAUUUGUGUGUACUUCUCGCGGAAUUUAUGUUAUUGAAAGAAAAAAUUUGACAAGGCUUUCAAACUUUUUCUAAAUAGUCAUAGUAACCAAACAAAUUCGAAUUCAAAUUCAACUACAAAACUUUUUUUCCUUCUUCCAAAAAAACAAAGAAAAAAUCGAAAAAUAGAUAAAAGUCGAAAAAUGUUUGUCCCUUGAGAAUAUUCUUUCUACAUAUUUUCUAGCUAGAAAAAUAUGAGAAGUCUUUUAUGAAUGAUUCUUUUGUUCUUUCAAAGUUAAGUCAACCUGAAAAAAUUGGAAACACGCACGAAAAAAAAUUGAUGAAAAGUUUGAGAGAAAAGGAAAAGGGGGAUUUCGAACAAUCGAAAUAUUGAAAACUGACACCAAUUACAACAUUUUUGCGAACAGCUGCUCUUUUUCUUUUUUCUCUGCUCUAACCACUUAUCACUUUUAAAUCUCGUGGGAAAAUGAAGAGGCGUUUUUUGAAAAGCUGGAAUGUUUUAGAAAUUGAAAAUAAGUAAACUGGGAAGGAGGAAAACGAGUUCUACAGUAGCUUAAUUUCUCGUGGCGAGACCUUCUCACUGUUCCUUUAAAAAUGGGUUACAAAAUUUAAGCUGAACAAAUUGAUAAAUUCAAACUACACGCCAGGCCUGUGCCGGAAAAUCAAAACCCGGAAAACGGAAAGUCGGAAAAUUUCCGGAUUUUUUGAACCGGAAAUCCGGAAAAUUCGGAAAAUUUUUCAAAGUCUGAAAUUUCGAUUUCCAGCCUUAAGUUGGCACUAAAACUUAUUUUUAUCUACAAUUCUUCUAUUCACAGGUAAUUCAGUACCUAUUUGAGACGUCUUACGUUCAAAAAAAUAGUAAAAUUUGAAAAAUUGAAAAAAAAUUUCCAAAAAUUUCAUUUUUUUCUAUCAUAAACUGAGAAAAUUUUCCAAAAUUUAGGCAAUUUUGAAAAUAUUACUACUAGUGAUCGUUUCCGGAUUUUCCGAGCACAUUUUCCGGAAAACCGGAAAAUUGAUUUUUCCGUGAAAAAACCGGAAAAUCCGGAAAUUCGGAAAAUUCGGAAAAUUUCCGGCACAGGCCUGCUACACGCGCUGUCGUCAACGCGGAGUCUCGUUGUUUUCGUUCAAUUUUUUUGAUAACUUCUUCCUUUUGAAAUAUUGAACAAGACAAAAAAAAGUGAAAAACACAUCUUCUUAUAUGUAAAGAAGGAAGCUUUCUGCAUUUUUUCGAGUACAACAGCAAACGAAAAUUUUUAAUCAAAUUCAUUUCAUUUUCUCUGAAUCUCUUCUACUUUUCAUAGAUUCUAGAAUAUUUUCUCUAGAAGCAGAGGAAAGAAGAAAAGACGUGAAAAAUUGCUGAUGACAGCUAUAAAAGUUUGGAAAACACGUAAUGGGUUUGAGUUUUGGGACACAAAAAAUUCCGGUCUUUCCUAUAACAAGAUUUUUUCUGGAAAAAGAAUUCCAAAAAAAACUUCCUAAAAACCUUCCAUUUCAGAGUUUUGGAGCGCAAAAAAGUCUACUUCAAGGAUUUCGUCAAAGUUUUGAGCCAUUUCCGACCAAUCAACAAAAAUAAACCGCAUCCAUGGAAUAGUCGAGAAGCUAAAUUGAGAUGUAAGUUUUGGAAAAGAAGAAAAAGAGAAGGUCAAAGUUUAAUUUUCAGUUGCUUUCACGAUGUAUGAUUUGAACAAAAGUGGAACUAUUACAAAGGAUGAGUUUCAGGAUAUUUUGGAGGUGAGAUUUGAAAGAUUUUUUUUUUCAAAAUGAAACUCUAAAUGUUCUUAAUUUUAAAAAUGAAGUUCACGUUUCUAAUUUUUUUUUCAAGAAAAACUUAUAUUUUUUGGAAUUUCAGAAUUUGUUAAACCAACUAACCCUCAUUAAAAAAUCCCAAUUUUUUCAAUCAUUAAAACCCUAAUACCAAAUCUCAAAAUGUUCAGAUGAUGAUUGGAAAAAAUGUGCCAAUUGAGCAAGUCAAAUCAAUCGCUGAUCGAACAAUGCGCGAAGCUGACAAAGAUUAUGAUGGUUUCAUCACUUUCCAAGAAUUCUGUCAUGUAAGCUCAACCUUAAUUACCCUAAUUAAUCAAGUCCAUUUAAUUUUUUUAGGCGAUGGACAAAACCGAUAUCGAGCAAAAAAUGUCGUUCAGAUUCUUGACCUAA